AUGGUUUUUAAGCCCUUUACUCACCUCGCGCGACAGAACUUUGCCAAAGCCUUCACCCAUGGCUACGCUCAGUCGGUAGUUGCUGCAUCCCAGACCAUCCCCUCGUCGUCGACAACCCUUAAUCCACUCGCCACCAACUCUCUCAAAUUCCACCGCACAUCCCAACUUCAGAGUACCUUCCAGAACGCAUCGAGUUCAUCCGGCUCCGGUGCCAAAGCCGGCCAAGCUGGUUCCAACUCUGGAGACUCCGGUUUAGCCGCAUACUAUGCUGCCUGGCAACAUGCCCAGCAAACAGGUGACGACAGCGAUUGGAGACAGUUCCAGUUCAAACGGCGUAUAGGAUGGAAGCCAAAGGAUGAAGUCGCAGAGAAGAGUCAGACCCUCCCGGAAGAUCAUUCGCCUCGAGACUUGAAAAAGGCCGCCGUCAAUGUCGAUGUGAGCGCCAAGGUCGAAGAAGCCGUUGCGCGUGAGAUUCAGAUUCAGGAGGAAAAUGCGGAAGCCGAGGAUGACGCAGCAACCGUUGUUGCUGCCGAUGAUAAUACAGCUGACUCAGCUGCUCACGAAUUGACGAUCGAUAUCAACGCGGAGAAAUCUAUCGUGGCAUCUGGCCGAGUCGUUCAAUUGGCAGUGGAAGAGAAAUAUGCCGAGAUCCCAGCUGCUUUCGAAGCGAUCUUGCGAGAUGGUGUCACCCCCAGCGUUGAAGCAUACAACUCGUUACUUCAGGCUGCUAUCAAGUUGCACACCGAUUCCUAUCAUGCCGUUCCCAAGGCGCUCGAUGUUUAUUCCGACAUGCUACGCCGUCGAGUCAUGCCCAACCAGGAAACGUACAAGACUCUUAUUGCAGUGUUAGUUUCACGCGCCGUUGAGGUUUCCGUAUCAGGAGCCGCUCUCGAGAAGCAGCGUGUUCGCUUUGGUGGUCUGGAGGAACCUGGCAAAUUCCUGUUCCGUUCCAGUGAAAUCGAAAAAGAACUCGUCUCGGAAGAUCACUCGCUCACUAUCGCCCUCAAGCUCUUCGAUGCCGCCACUAGCCGACACAACGAAAUGGUUUUCCCAUUGGAAGUCUACAAGUCGUUGAUAAUCACUUGUGCCGAAGAAGGUCGCGUUGAAGACAUGAUCAGGAUUUAUGCUCAUAUGGAGACCCAGAAGCUGGUUCCUCACGCAGCCAUCUUCCCCCCGAUGAUCCGCGCAUUUGCCAAGAUUGGUGAUUUGAAGAGCGCUGUCGAAUGCUACAACGAAUAUAGAGAACUUGCAGUGGCGGACGACAACGGUGUUUUCAGCAUCGUAGAGCGCCGAGAUGGCCAAGUCUAUGCCGCUCUGGUCGGUGCCUACUUCUCUUGUGGAAAGAGCGAAGGCGGUAUGCGCUUCUUUGAGCGCAUUCGCUCGUCAUACGACAACGUCCAGGAAGACAAGGCAUCUCGGUUGGAAGCUGUCGAAUCGACCAUCAUUCGCGAUGCCUUCGUUCAAUCUUCUAUUGAUGCUGGCAACUUCGAGGAAGCUUUGAAGCAAGCAACAGGCAAACUUGAAAACACUGCUUUGCAACAAGCUAUGGCUAAGAUCUGCGUGGCUGCUGCUGAUGCCGGCAGCGCCGCAGUGGCUGUCGAAUCGUAUGACCAACUUGCCGCCGAGUCCGUAGAUGCUAUUGGCUCSGCAGUGCCCAUGCUUGCGUUGCAUGUUCGCGAAGGUAACGUGCUAGCUGCACGCACUUUCUGGGGCAUCUUGAGCAACCUCGACCAGACAACUUCGGACUUGAUUCAACCUACCGCCAUGUAUGCCGUCGCCCUUGUCAAGAGUGGCCACGUCGAGGAGGGAUUGAUGGAAGCUCGCAAGAUGUUUGGCCGUAUUCGCAAAGACACUGCUGCUCAGCAACUUGUUCAACUGCCUGUUCGGGAAGAGAUCGAUGAAGCUAUUGAGCUUCUCGGUCGUAUUCUCAUGGUGGAGUCGGGCAUGGUGAUUUCAUCGCCUGCUGCUAUGACCUUGGUCCGAUCCAUGGUUGAGAAUGGUGGACUGAUUUCUCCAAUUGCCGAGCAUGCCAUUUCCAGCUUGGGUCCUAUGGGUAUCUCGCAACUCAGUGUUGAUGAUUUGACUCUUGCUCUUCAAGUUCAAGCAGGUAUGAUUAUCAACAACGAGUUUACCUUCAACGCUCCUCAUCUUGUUCGCUUCGCCCACAUGGUCGAUGUUGCUCUGUCUACCGGUGUUCCUCUCGAUGUCUUUACCUCACGGUUGGUCGACCAGGCCAUUCUCAAGCUUUCCGAAAGCCGACCUGAUCUAGUGAGAAGAUGGCAAGAUCAGUUUGUUCCUGUCGCUAGACAGCAGUCCUCUGUUGGGUCUAGUCGAUAUACUCCUGUUUCGGAAACUUCGUCGCAGGUCAACCCAUCGACUCCUAGCUCAGAAGAUAGCUAUGAUCCUUAUGCUUACUCGACUGACUACCGGGGCUCUACGAUCAUCUCAGAUGAAUUGGAAGCAACAUCUAAGCGCAUCGAAUCUCACCUCAACGAAGCCAUGACCAAGUUGCGUAACAUUCGUCGUCUCGGUCGCCACCCACGCUAUAUUACCUACGCCAAAUUGAUUAAUGCUGCUGCCAAGUGCAACCGCAUGAACCUCGCCAACGACAUUCUAGCAAUGGCCCGUCAUGAUGUUCCACUUCUUCCUCAAUACAGUGCUGUCCGAUACGGCUGGAGCUCAAUUUUGGAUGCCAUGGUCGCUGCUUGCCUGACAGUAGGCGAGCGUGAUUUGGCUGCCCAGUAUCAUCAAGAGUUGUUGCAAAUUGGUUCUGCUCCGUCUGCAAACACUUUCGGCCUAUACAUUACCACGUUGAAGGAGUCGACCAAGACAUUCGAUGAAGCUACCGAAGCUGUCAAGAUCUUCCACCGGGCUAUUGCAGAGGGUGUCGAACCGACUUCGUUCUUGUACAAUGCGCUGAUUGGCAAAUUGGGCAAGGCUCGUCGUAUUGAUGAUUGUCUUCUUUACUUUGCCGAGAUGCGUUCUAACGGUGUUCGACCGACCAGCGUCACUUAUGGUACCAUUGUCAAUGCUCUCUGCCGAGUCAGCGAUGAGCGAUUUGCUGAGGAGAUGUUUGAUGAGAUGGAGUCCAUGCCCAACUACAAGCCUCGCCCUGCUCCAUACAACUCCAUGAUUCAGUAUUUCCUCAACACCAAACGUGACCGCAGCAAGAUCCUCGCUUAUUAUGAACGGAUGCGCUCCCGCAACAUUGAGCCUACUAUGCAUACAUAUAAACUCCUCAUUGAUGCCCACGCCUCAUUGGAGCCCGUUAAUAUGGAAGCCGCUGAAAAGGUGCUUGAGUCUAUCAAGGCAUCUGGCCAGCGACCAGAGGCAGUUCACUACGCUUCUCUGAUCCAUGCCAAGGGCUGCGUUCUCCAUGAUAUGGAUGGUGCCCGUGCCCUUUUUGACAGUAUCGUCUCCAACAGAGACGUACGUGUGCAGCCAUGCUUGUACCAGGCCCUCUUUGAAGCCAUGGUUGCCAAUGGUCAUGUCUCAUCUACCAGUGAUCUUGUCAGUAGUAUGAGCCGCCACGGUAUUGAAAUGACACCUUACAUCGCCAACACUUUGAUACAAGGAUGGGCUGCCGAGGGCAACAUCUCCAAAGCCUAUGAGAUCUACAACAGCGUCGGCAUCGAAAAACGCGAACCCAGCACCUAUGAAGCAAUGACACGUGCUUUCAUUACAGCUGAAGAGCGUUCUAGUGCCGCUGGCGUCGUCCAAGAGAUGCUUUCUCGGGGCUACCCAGCCGCCGUUGCCGGCAAGAUCGUCGACAUGGUUGGUGGUAGCACCAUCGCUACUCCCAUCGCUACCUAUUAA